UGACUGCUAAUCUGUUUGCGAUUGUCCCAGAAAUGUUUUAAUGAGCUUUUAAGGGAAAGCCAAGAUGUCUUCAGACUUAAAGAAGAGAAAAUCUAAGGUCGUCCGCAGUGAAGGGGGGACACCAGAAACGAAACGCGGACGUGCAGAAGGGGAGCAGCAGGAUGUUCGUGUUUAUAAUGAGGAGGUGGAGCUGGAUAGUAGAGAUCCUGAACAGGACUACGCUCAGUACAAAGAAUCUUGUGAAAGCUUGUCUACACUCAUGGCAGAGAUCCAAGAGCUGAAAGCCAAUGGAGCCAAAGAAGGGUCUUCUGAGGUUGAACAGAGACGCAUGCAAAGCUGUAUCCACUUUAUGAACCUGAAGAAACUGAAUCGACUUGCUCACAUGCGACUUAAGCGAGGCAGAGACCAGACUCAUGAGGCGAAACAGAAAGUAGAUGUCCUUCACCUUCAGUUGCAGAAUCUCCUUUAUGAAGUUAUGCAUCUUCAGAAGGAGAUAAGCAAGUGUUUAGAGUUCAAGUCUAAACAUGAGGAGAUUGAUUUGGUGACUGAGGAUGUGUUUUACAAAGAGGCUCCACCAGAAAUUUCAAGGCCACACCUCACAAAUAAUGACCAGCAUCAACUCACAUUAGCACGCUUAGACUGGGAACUGGAGCAAAGGAAAAGACUGGCAGAGAAAUACAAGGAAUCACUAACCACAAAGGAGAAGAUUCAAAAGAGCAUUGAAGUGAAGAAGGAACAUCUGGCAAGCUUACAACCAGGACUCAAUGCCAUUAUGCAGGCCUCUCUCCCAGUGCAGGAAUUUCUGUCAAUGCCUUUUGAGCAGACUCAGAAACAAACAGAGAUUGCGCGGCACCUGCCUCCACCUCUCUAUGUCCUCUUUGUCCAAGCCAAUGCAUAUGGCCAAGCCUGUGAUAAGAGCCUUUCUGUGUCCAUCAAUGGGGAUGUGGAUGAGGCCAAAGCCCUUUCUAAGCCACCAGAAGAUUCUCAAGAUGAUGAAAGUGAUUCAGAUGCAGAAGAGGAGCAGGAGAAAACUAAGAGGAGAAGAGCCACUACCGGUGGUCAGCUAGAAGAGAAAAGACGCGAGAUGCUGAAACGACAUCCUCUCUCUGUUUGUGUCGAUCUCAAGUGUAAAGAUGGCAGUGUCCUUCAUCUUUACUUUUUUUACCUGAUGAAUUUAAAUAUAAUGACUGUAAAAACCAAGGUUACUACUCCCAUAGACCUCAGCACAGCCAUCAGUGCCGGAGAGCUGCUGAGAUCAGACACACUACUCAGCUGCCUCUAUGUUGGGGACCAGGGUGGAGAAACGCCAAAUCCAGCCAAUCGUUACCAGUUUGACAAAGUCGGGAUAGUUUCUUUUGUGGACUAUGUUGAUGAACUGGGCCAUCCCUAUAUGUGGGUGCAAAAUCUAGGUGGAUUGCACUUUCCCAGUGACGGUUCAGAGAGUGUGUGUGUGGGCAGCUCAUUGAGUGCUAGCCACAUGGAAGCCACCAUGAAGCUUCUAAGGGCACGGGUCCAGUCUCGCUUGGCUUUGCAAAAACAGUUUGCAUCUUUAGAACACAGUAUUAUUCCAGUUUCCAGUGAGUGUCAGAACCUCAUUCCGGCAAAGAUUAUUACUCGUUUAGCUCGUUUGGACCACAAUUACCUGCCAAGGACUAUUUGGUAUGUAGAGGGCUCAUGAGAUUUUAGGCUUUGACUUGAAUUGGUUCUUAAAUAUAAUUCUGAUAUUGUAAUACAGGAACUUCCAUUAUAUAAACAUGUGACUGAAGCUGGCUUGGCAAAAGACACUGACCUGUACUUCAUGGGUAGUGAGAGGGGCACUGCUCGUCUCCAUGCUGCUGUGGUGAUGAGUCCUCGCUACCAGAAACUGCCCCCACUCUUCUCUCUGUCGCUCAGCUGGAAGGGAGAGCGCACUGGACGCACUGAUGAUAACCUAAGAGCAAUAGAAAGUGAGGUGAAUAUGUUCAAACAUGAGCUGCAGGGCCCACGUCCGGGUUAUCAGCUCUUCACCAACCAGAUGGCUCGCCUAUGCAUGUGUCUGGAUGUGUAUUUGGAGACAGAGGGGCAAGAUGAUAGUGUGGAGGGGCCAAGAGAGUUUCCACGUGAAAAGAUGUGCCUCCGGACUGUCAGGGGCCCCAAUCGUCUGAAACCAUUCAAGUACAAUCAUCCUCAAGGUUUCUUCAGCCAUCGCUAAACUUCGCAUAACUUCUAUGUUUACCUUUGUUAUUAAUAGCAUAUAGAAAGUACCACUUUUAAGUCUUUGUACCUGAGAAUAAAUAGUUUUGACAACG